CCCAAUUUUCAGAGGACACUCGGUGUCAUCAGAGGUGGCAGCCAAAAAGCUGAAGCAUGGCUUAAGGACAAACUUCAGACCAACAAGUUCACAUUGCUCACACUAUACCAUCCUGUGAGCUUCAUACCCAAAGAUAUUUGGCAUGUGUGCCCAACCACCACAAAUGGCAACAAGCAGGCCCACCACAACAUCAACCAUGAUGGGGUGCACCUAAUGCUUCUUGGUGGUAGCAUGAGAGGCCAAGCCUUUGAUGACUGA